AUGGAAAGACCGAAACGGAAACGAUAUUUAGAACACGACCGUGAGCGAGUGUUGUCUUCAAUGCCUAAAUGGGAAAUAGAAAAGUGUCACAGUCAGUUGAAAGUAACUAUUGACUCUGGACGUGUUUUCCAGAACCAACCAGUUUUGUGCGGAACUGAGUGA